CUGAGUUUCCCCGAAAAACACUUAAAAGCAGCAUAAGAACCAGCAGCGGCCUCCCUCAACCAGCGUAGGACGACUGUGACCCAUUCUUCGUCGUUGUAUUCACCCUUGCCCUUCUGAGUCGCCGUGUCCGUUUCGAACAACACGCAAUACGAAUUUCGUUAGAUAGAACCUUUGCAUUCGCUCCUUUUCUUUCCUCGAACACAAUUAGCCAAAAUGAGUGCUGUCGCUGACAAGACCAACAACCUCCCCACCGCCGACCAACUCCAGAUGCUUAUUUCUGAUGUCGACGGUACGCUUCUGGAUGCCCACCACCGCUUCCACAAGCGCACCUACCGUGCCAUGAAGUACAUCCGCGAGACUCGCCCCGACUUCCCCAUUGUCCUUGCCACCGGCAAGCAGCGUUCUGCUGUCGACGAGAUCCGCAUCCCUCUCGAGCUCGACGCCUUCCCUUCCGCCCACGUCAACGGCUGUGUCCUGUACAACAAGGGCAAGAUCGUCUACGCCGAGCACCUCAAGCCCGAGGUCGUCAUGGAGGUUGUCGAGGCCACCAAGCACAACCCCAACAUCGCCAACGUUGUCUACGACGAGUCUCAAGUCUACAUCUUGACUCCCGGCCGCGAGGACCUCAAGAACCCCAAGCGUCUUGCCGAGAUCGGUGAGAAGGUCAACUUUGAGAUGCCUUGCGACGAGGCUAUUGCCAAGGUCAAGUCUGGCGAGAUCAAGGUCAUCAAGAUGGCCGUCUGCGAGGACCCCGACAAGCUUGACGUUGUCCGCGACAUCCUCAAGACCUUCCCCAUCGAGAAGUUCACCACCACCCAAGCUUUGGCUUACUGCAUUGAGCUUAUUCCCUCCAACGCCAACAAGGGUACUGCUCUUGAGGCCAUUACCGGCAACAUCCUCCCCCACAUCAACAACGAGAACGUGAUUGCCUUUGGUGACGGCCAGAACGACUUGUCCAUGUUCGCCAUUGCCGGUUGGUCUGUCGCCAUGUGCAACGGUAUGGACAUCGCCAAGGAGAAGGCCAAGGCCAUCUCUCGCGUUGGUAACGACGAGGGUGCCGUCGGUGAGGUUCUUGAGCGCAUCUUCAACAUCCCCGCUGACUACGAGCCUUCCUCUUAAAUGCGCCGCCUGAAAUGAUGACCAUUAAAGAGGAGCGCGCGACCUUUGGGUCUGAUGAACGUUUGUUUUCUUUUUGUCUUGUUUUUGAUUUGUCGUCGAGUGCUGGACACCCUGACCAUGAACCCGGAAUGGGGGCCGGUCGGGUUCUGUGUGGGCACGGCAACGACUGCGCUAAGCGCUAGAACCAUAGACCGUUGAUUGAAUUGCAUUGAAUAGAGUUUACCGAAGAGAGGUGGGUGUGGAUGCGGUGUGCUGGCCUGUAGGGCAGUGGCACCUGCUUAGGAAUGCUCUGGCAAUUGG